GGUGACACGGCAUCCCCUCAGGCUUUAACGGACCGACUGCUGUGCCUCCUGCCACCGAGCGAGGAGCUGGGAACAGCCUGUCGGGAUGGGGGGCCAGCAGUCUCCGCUAGAGCCGGGCUUACUGCACCAGGCAAAGUUAUGGAAUGAUCUCGGGGUAUCCGAAGAGGAUAAGGAGUUGGAGGGUUUUAGGCAGGAGACAGCAGUCCUGUGUGACAAGCUGUGCGAGGCUGUAAGUCGUACAUCUGGUAACAAAAAGCAGUCCAGUUCUUUGACUGACCUCACCUUGGACAGUACCUGGGAUCAGCAAAAGCCUCCCUUGUUUCCUAAAUCCCGCUUGAGGCCAAAAAGUGCUUCCUCUCCCUGGAUUCCUUCCAUCACCAUCCCUCAGCCUUUCAAAAUGACGCUGCGGGAAGCUCACAGAAAGUCCCAGUUGAUGAAGUCAUACAUGUUUCUUGAACUAGACAAACAGAAAGACCAAAGGCAAAGCCAGGAUGAAGCUGAAUGUCAGAAACAGUUUCGGGCACAGCCUGUACCAGCCCAUGUGUUUCUGCCCCUUUAUCAAGAAAUAAUGACACAGAAUGAGAUUCGCAGGCAAACAGCAACACAGAAAAGAAAGGAGCUGCUACUUUCAACCCUGAGGCCCUUCAGCUUCCUGGAGAAGGAGGAGAAAAAGAAAGAAGCUAUCAGACAAAAGUUCCUGGCAGAAGCAAUCCCAAAUGACAGCUCCAAACAGAAGCAAGCCAGUAAAAAACUUCCUAAAUCUACUUAUGGCCCACUUCUUGGAGAUAAACUCAAAGAAGCUGAACUCUACAGAGAAAUACGCAUUCAAAUGAGAGCAAAGGAUUUGCUUGAGAGCUCCGUAGCUCCUAUAGAUACCAGCAACUAUCGGAGGGAGCCUCAAUCCCGAACUGCUGCUAAAACUCAGCAGGAAAGACUUGGCUUCUUGCAGGACAGAAGUUUCAGCUUCAAGCCAAGGAUUAAUCCAACAAUACCGGAUUUUGAAGGACUCUACUGGGCAUUUCAGAGGGAAGCAGUAAGAAGACAAGAAAUCAAAGAAGCAACUCAUAAUAAGCCAUUCAAGCUGAGAACUUCCAAUCUCCAUGGCAGGCAGAGGCAGGCUAAUGAAAAGAUAAAGGAUUCUCAGCAACUGUCCAAGGUUUUAGUGAAGAAAAGGCAUUCUCCGUCUGGACUUUCCUCUCUCUCUUCCAAUACCCUUCCAGUGCAUAUUACAGAUGCAACUAGAAAAAGGGGAUCAGCUAUUAGAUGCUCCCAAGAUAACAAAAAGGAAGGAGACAAAGAAGGAAUUUAUUGGCUAGAGAAGCAGAAAAAGAAAUGUCAAGCUAUGCAGAAGUCAGUGAACAGCCGAGCAAAAGCCCUGGAUCCACAUAAAAGUCUGGAGGAAACACACAAGAAGCAACUUUUCCAUUUCAGGCAAAAAAUGAGAGAGAGAACAAAGGAAUACAGAAAGGAGUUGGAAGAAAUGCAGCUACGAGUCAAGAACAGACCAUACCUCUUUGAACAGGUCACCAAGCAUGAUGCUCGUCAAGGAGCAGAGCGUCACUACAGGCAAACUCUCCAGCAGCUAGGGCUAAGCGAAGAAUUUGUAAGGAAAAAAGGGAAAGAUGCCACUGACCUGCUGAAAGAAGACUCUGAUGUUCACAGAGUGCCCAAGCCUCGGGGUGAAAAGGACACCUGUACUGUACAGGGAGGAGAACCUCAAGAGGAACAGACUGGAAAGGAAAUGGCAACGUAAGAUCUAGCAGAAGAAUCCAUCAAUCACCUCUUGAUUAUCUUGAUUCUCCAGGUUAAUCUUCAGGAACUUUAUGGUUUAGGCUGACAAAUUGCUCUGGGGUGAGAUGUGAGAACUUAGUAAAGAAAAACAGACUAACUGCUGUUCAGAGCAUGUCUUGUCCAAUCCAGCAAACCUUGUGCCCUUAGUCUUCACAAGAGUUCCUUUCUUUAACAGGCAACACAACAAGUUUAAAAGGUUGAACUACUAUCUUUGGAUAAAAGUAGAUAUGAAAGAUUGAAGAGGUGCAUCCUCUAGUGUCAGCUGCUUGUAUUUGUGCUACAGAAGCACACAGGAAGGGGAGAAUACUUUUCAGUAUGCCAAACGUUGGUUUGCGUAUCUGUGUGGUAGAAUGCUGUUAAACAAGGUAUUUCUAAAAAAAAAAACCAACC